UGUAGUUCCAAAACAUCUGGAGAGCCAAGGUUGCCUAUGCCUGGUUUAGAAGGUCUAGGUCAGGCACCCCCAAACUUCGGCCCUCCAGAUGUUUUGGACUACAACUCCUAUCUUCCCCAACCACUGGUCCUGUUGGCUAGGGAUCAUGGGAGUUGUAGGCCAAAACAUUUGGAGGGCCGCAGUUUGGGGAUGCCUGGUCUAGGUACUGGACAAUGUGAUAGCUCAUCUCCUUUCAGGAACAGGUAGGCAUGGCCAUAUUCAACAGGCAUUUCGGCACUUUGCUCAAUCUUGGGCUGCUAGCACCUAUGCAAAGUGCUGGAUUUGACCUUUAAAAUCCUACAUACAGUGAAUACUUUAUCAGUGUCUGCUGUUUUCUGGAGAAGUUAUGCUCAGACGCUUAUGAUCAUAGACGUUUGAUGAGCGGUGGGAUGGAGUACAGCCUUUUGAAUAGUGGUGCAUAAACUUCAGAAUAGAGACAACCAACUUUGCAUCCUCCAGAUGUUGUUGAUUGGACUCCAACUCUCAUGAGCCAUGGUUGACUUGUCCAGUGUUCAGUGACGAUGGAAGAUGUAGUCCCAACAACAUUUGGAGGGUACCACUUUGGCUCUAGAACAUUAUUCCCAAAGAAGCACAACUCCAGAUGGGUGGGUUUUGCAGGUGUAUUCUGCAACAUGUCAUGAUGCAAUAAUAGUGGUGGAUUUAUAGUGAACCAUCCAUAUAUCAGGGACCCAGGUGGCGCUGUGGUUAAACCACUGAGCCUAGGGCUUGCUGAUCAGAAGGUCGGCGGUUAGAAUCCCUGUGACGGGGUGAGCUCCCGUUGCUUGGUCCCAGCUCCUGCCAACCUAGCAGUUCGAAAGCACGUCAAAAUGCAAGUAGAUAAAUAGGAACCGCUACAGCGGGAAGGUAAACAGCGUUUCCAUGUGCUGCUCUGGUUUGCCAGAAGCGGCUUUGUCAUGCUGGCCACAUGACCUGGAAGCUAUACGCCGGCUCCAUCGGCCAAUAAUGCGAGAUGAGCGCGCAACCCCAGAGUCGGUCACGACUGGACCUAAUGGUUUGGGGUCCCUUUACCUUUACCUAUCCAUAUAUCAUCCCUCUUUUAGGGCCGGACAAUAUAUCAAUAUAUUGUCUUAUAUCGAUAUCAAGAGCAAAUAAUGAUAACCAUUUAAAAAAAUUAUAUUGUGAAUCGUGUGUGUCCUUGUGUGCGAUAGUCAAAAAGCAUGAUACAGUGGUACUUCGGUUUAAGAACAGCCCUAUUUACGAACUAUUCGUGUCCCAGUUUGUGAACUUUACAUAGCUCUAAGAACGGAAGCCGAAUGGUAGAAGGGCACCGGCAGUGGGAGGCCUCAUUAGGGAAACCAUGCCUUGGUUUAAGAACAGUUUCGGUUUAAGAAUGGACUUCUGGAACGGAUUAAGUCGUAAACUGAGGUACCACUGUAUUGUGAAAAUUGGGAAGCCGACGCUUCUUCCUGCCCUGUGCAGCCGUUGCCAUUGCUAACUCUGCCUCAGUUGCUCUUCUGUGCCUUCUGUAGCAGCAGCAGCAGCAGCAGAUUGACGCAAAAUUCGCUCUUUGAGAAAUCGUGUGUGCACUGCAGGGUAGCUCUCUGCCUUAGAUCUCUGUCUCCCCUGCCUGCCUCCUCAGCGGCAGGUAAAAAUCGUCCUUGGAGAUAUUGUGUGCAUGCGCAUGCAUGCAGCCUAACUCCGCCUGAGCGCUCUUGUCUCCCGAGCAGGUGGAGCUGGACAGUCUGCAAGCAGGAAAUUCCCUCCACCAGAGAUGCCAGGCUCUUGCUGAAAGGCAGGCACCAGGCUGGCAUGGAGAGUGCAAUCACAUUGUGGCAGUUCCUGUUGCAGUUGCUUCUCGAUCAGAAACAUGAGCACCUAAUUUGUUGGACAUCUAAUGAUGGUGAAUUUAAGCUACUUAAGGCAGAGGAAGUGGCUAAGCUGUGGGGACUCAGAAAAAACAAAACUAACAUGAAUUAUGACAAACUGAGCAGAGCGCUGAGAUACUACUAUGACAAGAACAUCAUCAAGAAGGUGAUUGGGCAGAAGUUUGUGUACAAGUUUGUGUCAUUCCCUGACAUUUUAAAGAUGGAUCCUCAUGCUGUGGAAAUCAGCAGGGAGAGCCUUUUGCUGCAGGACAGCGACUGCAAGAUACCUCUUGAAGGUAGAGAGCAACACAAGCAUGGCUUGGCGGCCCUGAAAGGCGCAAGCCGUAAUGAAUAUAUCCAUUCGGGGUUGUACUCCUCUUUCACCAUCAACUCCCUGCAAAACCAGCCAGAAACUCUCAAGCAGAUCAAAACAGAGAAGCUGGAGGAGAAACUGGAGAGCCCCACCCCUCUGGAAGAAGUCCGAACUGUUAUAAGAUUUGUGACAAACAAAUCAGACAAGCAAGUCAUGAGGCCCAUAGUGUCCCUGCCAUCAACAUCCGAGGCAGCAGCCGCUUCUGCUUUUUUAGCAUCCUCUGUCUCUGCAAAAAUAUCCUCUUUAAUGUUGCCCAAUGUUGCCAGCAUCUCGUCGGCUUCGCCAUCUUCCUCCCGGUCACCGUCUCUGUCUCCGAACUCACCCCUCCCUUCAGAACACAGAAGCAUCUUUUUGGAGUCCAGUUGCCAGGAUUCUGAUUCCCUCGAGCCACUGAACCUGUCGUCAGGAUCCAAGACAAAAUCUCCUUCUCUUCCCCCAAAGGCUAAGAAACCCAAAGGUUUGGAGAUCUCGGCACCUCCAAUGGUUCUUUCAAGCACUGACCUCGGCUCUAUUGCCCUCAACAGCCCAGCACUCCCCUCAGGAUCCCUGACUCCUGCUUUCUUCACUGCCCAGACCCCAAAUGGAUUGCUGUUGACCCCGAGUCCACUGCUUUCUAGCAUCCACUUCUGGAGCAGCCUCAGCCCUGUCGCUCCUUUGAGUCCUGCCAGGCUGCAAGGACCAAACACCCUGUUCCAGUUUCCAACUCUGCUCAAUGGUCACAUCCCAGUGCCAAUUCCCAGCUUGGAUGGGACUUCUUCUCCAGUUCUUCUGUCUCCAAAUGCUCAUAAAUCCUGAUGUCUCAGCAAAUUAAAGGACUCACUCACAAACUGGAUUUUACACAGCCAUUCUGAUGGGUUUCAUUUUUCUGGUGACACUGGGAGGACAUCAUGAAACCCUCUUUUACUAUGGUUUGCACUUUUCAUUACAUGAAUGAUCUACUUGUAUGAUGUUUAUUUAGCAUUUUUAAACAGUGUUUUUUUUAUCAGAAUCUGUUGUGCAUUAAAAUGAGUUACAAUUUUUUUAUAUAUCCUUGCUCUCCAAGUGUUGAACACUGUUAAUGAAGUACUUUUCUUAAUAGAUUUCAAGACAAUUAUCUAAAGGAUGUGAAACUUUUUAAUCCUGUAUUUCUGCAUAUUAUGCACCAUGCUUGUAUAAACUAUAACCGGCUGUGCCUUCUUUUGCAUAAUGUUAUAUAAAUGAUUUAUAUAUUUUCCAGUAUUAAGGUAAAGAUUGAAAAGGAACCAAGUAUUGAGCAGCCCCUUCCCCAUACUAGUAUUUCAGUAUUACCCUUGCGGUAGGCCAUAUGGUGCAGUGUAUUCAUGUAAUUUUGAAUUAAGUGCUUUCCAGUUAUAUAAAGAAUCCUCCUAUUUCCUUGCUGAACUGUGGGGCCAUAAUAAAUAUUUUGGCCAGUAAGUGUGUUUAAGAAUAGGACACUAUUUAGAUAUAGGUGCUUCAAUUCUUCUCUGUGAUAAGAGGAACAUGGCCUUAAAUAUUUACAAUGUAUUUUAGGGACAUUCUUAAAUUAAGAAGAUAUAACCUUGCUCAGUGCCACUCAUUUUCAUGUAUUCAUUGAUUGAAGAAACUUUAACCUGAUCUUCAUUUUCCUGACCAUACUCAAGGUAUUGUACCUCCCAAGUUAAUUUUUCCAGUACUUUGAAGCCAGUGGCUCCCAUUUCACAUGGCCAAAGGCUUUAAAAAACUAGGCAGUUUUUGACAAUUUUAAGAAGAGUUUCUAGCCCUCAUGAUAACUUUUUUUAUUUUUAAAAAAGGCGGUGAGUGAGUGAGACAUAACAAUACAAAGUGUAAUGUGUUCAGUAACAGGCUAGUAUAGAAAAAAUACUACUGAACGUUGUGAUUUAAUAACACCAAGGUGUUUGUUCUCCUCAGAAAGCUAAAAUACUUAAGAUGGAGAAAUAGAGCUCGUGUCACUUUCUAGAAUAUCAUGACAAUAGUUUCCUGAAGAUGACAUACAACGCAAAAGCAGAAUUAAAUAAGUCUGGGUGGCAUUGUAUAAAAAGAGCAUUGUGUCCAGGAGCUGUAUUCUGGAAGUAUCUCAUGCAUGCAUAUUUUAUGAACAUGUUAACUAUAUCUAAACACUGAAAAUAUUUAGAUUAAAUGAAACAUCCCAACCUAUGUCAUGUUCCCAAAGUUCAUUUGAGAAUUUAUACAAACUCCAGUUCUACUCUACAUAAAGCCUACUUUAAUAAGUCAAUCUAACUUGAAAAGUGCUGGUUCCAUGAUUGAGAAAGAGCUAGACACUCCGGCAGAAAUAAUAAACUGUUGGUCUUCCAGGUUAUGAAACUGAAGCCUGUGUGUGCUUUUAAAUAAAAAAUAUGAAUAAGGAAUACUGUACUAUAGCUGGUUCCCACUGCACUUUAUAUCCUCAGGAUUGUACUGCAGUGAGGUAUAUCAUUUAUUCUUUUUGGAACAGCAUUUGCUAUCUGAAGAGAGAGCCACUAAUCCUGCCCUCUCCAUGUUUUCACGGUAUUGUAUACACUCCUCUACAUCUUAUAGCAAUCCUCUUCCACCUCUGCAAGAGGCAUCAUUUCCAACUGCCAAAGCUAUCAAGCUCUCUAAAUGGAAAGCAUAUCACUGCUGAAUAUACUCUCACACACUAAAUUAUAUUUGCCGUUUAUAGUGGGAUUUGGAUAGCACAUUUUAACACACUGAUCUUCCAUAGGGUCUUACAUUGCUGUCUUCCUGGUGCUUCUACAAUUAUGUUCCAUGUUUUAUGUUCCACAAUUAUGUUCCACAAAAUUUCAAUAUUGUGGUUUCCAGUCUACCAUUUGUUGCAAGCAAUCAAAACAGCUAUUAACGACCUCUGUCUUCCAGCUUUAUAACAUAAGGCAUCUUGUAGGUAUAGUGUAUGCUUAAAUUCUGGAGGAGGAUGGAGAUUGAUAAAAGAACUCCCCAAAUCCUGAUGUUUUAAUGAUUAAAGACAAAGCAUAAUCUGUACAACAGGGUUGGCCCUCCAGUUGCUGCUAAACUCCAUUAUCCUUGACCGCUGGCCAUGAUGGCUGGGACUGAUGGGAAUUGGAGUCCAGCCACAAGUGGCAGGUCACAGGUUCUCUAUCCUGGCUUUACACUUUUCUGUGUUUGGUUAUAUAAAGCAAGCAUCCACAAACUUCGGCCCUCCAGAUGUUUUGGACUACAAUUCCCAUCUUCCCCAACCACUGGUCCUGUUGGCUAGGGAUCAUGGGAGUUGUAGGCCAAAACAUCUGGAGGGCCGCAGUUUGGGGAUGCCUGAUAAAAAGCAAGAACUAUCCCACAUCUCAGCAAUUUUAACAGGGGAAGAAUAAGACAAAAUUAUUUCUUUUUUCCAGAGCAUUCUAACAUACCAACUGUGAGACCGGUGAUUUCCGACUAAGAAGGUAUAAGGGGAAAAAGCAAACACAGACCAACCACUCUGUGCUAGUUCUCUCUCUCUCUCUGGUGGCAGGACCAAAUAUAAGUGUGCUGACAGUGCAAGACUUCAUUCUUCCACUUUUUCAUCAAAUGCAGGCUAGGUACUUUAGUGAAGUCCCUUCCAGGUCAAAUGUACCAAGAUUUAAUGAAAUCACCUGCCCUGUCUUUUCUAGCUAUUCUUAAGCAGCAUUAUGAUGUCAAAAGAUUUUCCUUGUAGAAAAGUUAUAACUGAAGCAGCCUUCCGUUUGAUUUUCAUAAGAACUGGGAUCUCACUCUUCCUCUGCAAACAGCCAUGGUGCUCUUACUACUUGAUGUGAUCCGCUCUGUAUCCCUCUUUAGCCAUUACCUGCAUGAAAGGAGGAAGUGAGUAGAGAGGGGGCAUGCUUUUACUCUCUCCCUAACUCUUGCCCUGCUAGCAUUGGUUACUCUUAAGUUUAGAUGCAAUUGUUUCAGAGGCUUUUCUACUCAUGAAAGCUCACUCUUUGAUUUAGACUCUUAGAAGAGUUCUUAAGUUGCAAGGGGAGCUUCUACAAGUAAAAAAAGAAGAAGUAAGAAUGGACCUGCAAUCCCUUUGUAUUCACUCCCCUGAACUGAAGAGGGCUUAUGAGUUUUGUAAAGACCAGAAAAUGUACAUUAAAUAAUAAAGUGCAUACCCAAACCAACUUUAAUUCUAAUCUCAUUUCCUUAGAUACAAGUCAGUAGAAGUCAUGCUACUAAGCUUACUGCUCUUUCUAAAUGUCUAGUGUAUUUCCAAAAGCCUCGAAAUGCCGCACUUAAUUUUGUGUCUCUGCUAAGGCCCAUGCUGUUUAACUACCAUGUGCUGAAAAGAAUUGGGUUUCUCUAGAAAAGGAGUUUGUCCUACAAUGAAACAAGAGUGUGAAGUCUCAUUGGAUGAUGGAAUAUUUAUCAACUAACUUAUUAGCAGCCCUAUUUACUUUUUACACCUUCAUUGGGGAAACCCCCCCCCCAAACAAAAGAUGUAAUAAGAUAUCAGAAUUUUGCAUGGUUUGUGGCAAUAUGCUGCAGCAGAAGAACAAGAGCAGAUCAGCAGCUCCGCUUAACACACCAACAAAUUAUUUCUGCAGCUAUGCUGCCAUUUUGUGCAGCAAAACACAUAAAAGUGAAUGGCACACCUACCUCUUCAAAUGUUUAAGGAUACAGGUGUGCCUAUGUGCUUGCUGUGUAAAACACCAAAGUACACUGUGCACUCAUGUUUUCUGCAGAAAGUGCGGAGCUCUCAUUGUCUGGGCUGGAUAGAAGUAUGGAGGGAGACACAAGAACAGCCACAAGAGGAUGCGGUUUUGCAUUAAUGUGUCAAAGUGGAUGUCAUUUAAUAACAUUCAUUGCUGGCGCUCCAUUAAGGUUGUUUGUUUGUUGUUGUUGUUGUUUAGUCGUGUCCGACUCUUCGUGACCCCAUGGACCAGAGCACGCCAGGCACUCCUGUCUUCCACUGCCUCCCACAGUUUGGUCAAACUCAUGUUCGUAGCUUCGAGAACACUGCCCAACCAUCUCAUCCUCUGUCGUCCCCUUCUCCUAGUGCCCUCAAUCUUUCCCAACAUCAGGGUCUUUUCCAAGGAUUCUUCUCUUCUCAUGAGGUGGCCAAAGUAUUGGAGCCUCAGCUUCAGGAUCUGUCCUUCCAGUGAGCACUCAGGGCUGAUUUCCUUAAGAAUGGAUAGGUUUGAUCUUCUUGCAGUCCAUGGGACUCUCAAGAGUCUCCUCCAGCACCAUAAUUCAAAAGUAUCAAUUCUUCGGCGAUCAGCCUUCUUUAUGGUCCAGCUCUCACUUCCAUACAUCACUACUGGGAAAACCAUAGCUUUAACUAUACGGACCUUUAACUAUACGGACCCUCCAUUAAGGUAAAAAUGUGUCUUUCUCCCUUCUCUUGGGGAUAAUGUACAUCGUUCAGAAUCAUGCAAGCUAAGUAAAGCUGUGAAAGUAAGUUGUAUAUAACUCUUUUCCCACUCACAUUAUGCAAGGGCUUUGCCCCUCUGAGUGAAGUUGUUCGCCAUAACCUUUAAAUGUGCUCCAUAAUUCAAGUUCUUUUAUACAAGUUAACACAUACUGUGGUCCAGAGAAGGUCAAGCACAUGAGAAAACUCUUUGCAAUUACAAGUUGCAUUUCUGAAGAUCUCCUUUAGUGGCUGGUAUGAUGGACUGAGCAACGUAAAAACAGCCUAAAAUAUACAUUUAGCUAUCCUCCUUUCCCAACACAAAUGUCCUCUACACUUCAGAAGUCCUUUGAUUAUUUUAAUACACUCUUUACAUUUGUAAACAUUGGAAUAUCUACUUAACCUACCUCACAGGGCUGUUGUGAGGAUCAGUAAUAUUUGUACAAUUCUUUAGGAAAAAAAUAAAAGAUUACAUAUGCAGCAAGUAGCAUUAUUAAGCAUAAAGCAGAACACAGUAAAUAUAUGAGAAACCCUGGAUUGUUACAUACAAUGUAAUGAGCAAUUGAAACAUACUAUUUGAUUCCUCCCCCCCUCCUUUUAUGUGUAACAAUAAUUCUCUCAAUCCCCUCUCUGCUGGCUGUGAGGAUUUUUGUUUUGGAACCUUCUCUAUCUCAUACCUGCAUUUUAACUAUUGAACGUACAAUUACAUUUCCGGUACUUUAUACUAAAAAAUUCCUCCCGCAUUCUUUCCACCUGUUCACCAUCCAUUAAUGAGAAAAGAAAAUGUAUUUGAAAAAUUAGCCAAGUGAAGAGAGAUUUUUGGUGAAAUUCCCAUGAGCAGGGGGCAGGCUUUUUGUGACUCUUACCUUACCUCUGAGGUGGCGAAGCGCAGGGGAAGCCAUCAUGAGGUAACUGCUUCGAUGGGGCCUUUUCAGAUCAGAAAGCGUAGGUAGCCAGGGAAGGUACAGAGUGCUGGAGAAUUGUUUACUGGAAAGAAAUAUAUACACCCACAGCCUCCUCAGAAAGAAAAGAUCAGUCAAAAACCUGACACUGACUGAAAUUCUAAAGUGCUCUGAGAAUGAGGCAGAAAAACGGAAGCCUCUUUUAACAGAGCAAGAAAACUUUUGAGAAACUGGAGGGCAGAUUUUUCAGCACAGCACUACUUUAUGUACAAUAAUUAAUGAAAAACUUUGUCAAAACAGAAGCAUCAGAUUCUUUAAAACUAAAUUGUAACCAGACCCUUUGAGAUGACAUGCAUACUAGUAUCAACAGGAGCAACAGCAUUUUCCUGAAAAACAAAGGGCAGCUCCUGAGGUAAAAUGGACAUUCAAGAGUCUCGGCUUUCAUUAUAAGAACUGUUGACCCCUGAAGACUGACAAGUCCAAGUAUAAAAUGCAAGCAGCUCAAUAAGAAACAAUAGGAAGGGAAACAGAAGUCUAAAAGUUUGUUUUUCAGCUCAUUUCGUAUAAAAGUGUAUCUCACUAUUUCAAGUUUCUCAAGUACACAGAAUGCAAAUUGGCAUCCAAUGUAUUAAAAAAAAUUGACACAUACCUGUAGAUUGCAAGCAAAUAAAAUAGGUAGGUUAGACUUAUCUCAUGGUGUAUUUAUUUUCAAAUUAUUUGCCUUUGCUGAAACUGACCCACUUUUUAUUUUACUCCUGAGGUAGAUUUUACCCUUGGUAACCAGAGACUGAACCAUUUUGCAUUGUUUGGUAUGAAACACAGAAUCACAGAAUUGUAGAGUAGGAAGGGACAUCUAGUCCAACCCCUGCAAUGCAGGAAUCUUUUGUUCAUCAGACACACGACCCUGAGCUAUCCCAGCAACUUAAUGUUAAAUUGGAAUCUACUGUUACUUUUAUUACUGACAUAAAGUAACCAACACAUAACCAGAUACAUUGAAUUCACCAUGCUUUGUACAAAGCCAGUUCAUGCCUUGGAUUUAGAAACAGUGAACACAACAGAAGAGUAUGGCCUGGAUCAGACAACAUGUUCCUGGUUUAAUAAACAAUUGUUUAUUAAAAAAUUUUCUGCAGCCUGCAUUGCCUUGCUUACUGUUGCCCAUUCCACCCUCCACUUGCAUGUCCAGCUUAACACAAUAAUUCCUGUUUUUUCAAGCCACAGUUUGCUGAGCCAAGGUGUCUGAGUGCUCUGGUCUGAGUGCUCCCAACAAACCAGGAUUGGACACAGUACUUUUCUAAUCCAACAAAACAUGGCACGAACCAGACCUAGGAUUCCUUCAAGGAGGGAUCAGAAUGCAAUAAUGCAUGUUUGCCAGGCGUCUGUCCAGAACAUCAAGUCCUUUCUACAUCUCAUCUACAUGAACAAACUCGUUUACGCACAGACUUCACUGAAUCAAUUUAGUAGAACGCUUGUCAUAAAACAUUCAAACACAAUUGGGGAUUUUCCAUAUAAUAUUUAUACUUUCAAAAGUACAAUAUUAAUACAGGUCCAUCAGUUAGAAAUAACAGCAUUUUGUUAGCUCUACAGGGCUUCUUUAACGUAAAACCAGCUUACAAAUGCUGAAAAGCAGCAGUGGUCCAAUAGUCACCAUUACACAUGAAUUUGUCAUCUCUUCCAGAAAAUUAAAAAAAAAUGUUCCCAAAUUCAAUUUACUAGUAUCAUGAAAUAUUAAUAAAACAUCCCCAAACAUGCCACAAUCACUAUUCACAAAUAAAGUUAAAGGAACAUACAAAAUAUUUUUUUCACUUAAUACUGUUAAAUAACAAUAAUAAACUACAAGAUUUCCUGAACAGAAAUGGUAGGACCCCUGAAUGUUUUACAGUGAACUUCAGGAAAAAAAAUUAAGUUAUCUAUGACUAUUUUCAUGAUAUACCAGCCAAAGAUUUACAUAACCAUUUCAAAAUAUACUAAUAAAGAUUUACAGCCUCUUGAAGAUGCACUAAACGAAUAGGUCCAGAAAGGGGAACACAAAUGUUUAAAAAUACUGUUACUAUCACCAGGAGGUAUUUAUGAUACUCACUGAGAUGCAUAAGCUUAGUAGUAACAUGUUGACUAGCUCCAAAAAAAACAGAUAACAUCUAAGAUUUUUAAAACCCUCUAAGUUCUCAUGCUUUAAAAAGUGAUGGACUUCUCUAGUAUGGACUUGCAUUUUUCCAGUGGAUUUCCAGAAAAUAUGUUGACACAAAACAGCCAUGAAAGCAUGGGGUAGGGGGUUGGGACGCCCGGCUCCCAUCAUUUUGUUUUUAGUCAUUCAAUAAACAUCAAGAAUAAUACCAAAUUUCAAUCUGUAUGCCAAUCCUCACUAAUAGACAUGGAACCUGAUAGCAUGUAACAAAAGGAACUGUUUCCCCCCCACUUCUUCGGAUCAACGUCUGUACUAA